AUGGCCGCCGCGGCGCCGCCCCCCCCUGACAAGCUGGAGGGAGGAGGCGGCCCCGCCGCGCCACCAGCGCCGCCCAGCACCGGGAGAAAGCAGGGCAAAGCCGGUCUGCAAAUGAAGAGCCCAGAAAAGAAACGGCGCAAGUCAAAUACUCAGGGCCCUGCUUACUCGCACCUGACGGAGUUUGCACCACCCCCGACCCCCAUGGUGGAUCACCUGGUGGCAUCCAACCCAUUUGAGGAUGACUUUGGGGCCCCCAAGGUUGGGGGGGCAGCUCCUCCAUUCCUUGGCAGCCCUGUGCCCUUUGGUGGAUUUCGUGUUCAAGGGGGCAUGGCAGGCCAGGUGCCCCCAGGCUAUGGUGGUGGAGGCGGAGGCGGGCCUCAACCACUUCGACGACAACCACCUCCCUUCCCCCCCAAUCCAAUGGGUCCUGCCUUCAAUAUGCCCCCUCAGGGCCCUGGGUACCCACCCCCAGGUAACAUGAACUUCCCCAGCCAGCCCUUUAACCAGCCCUUGGGCCAGAACUUUAGCCCUCCCGGGGGACAAAUGAUGCCAGGCCCUGUGGGAGGGUUCGGACCCAUGAUUUCACCUACUAUGGGGCAGCCACCCAGAGGGGAGCUGGGCCCUCCUUCCCUUCCCCAACGAUUUGCCCAGCCAGGUGCUCCUUUUGGGCCCUCACCCCUUCAGCGGCCUGGUCAAGGGCUCCCAAGUCUGCCCCCCAACACGAGCCCCUUCCCUGGUCCUGACCCUGGCUUCCCUGGUCCCGGGGGAGAGGAUGGAGGGAAGCCCCUAAACCCUCCUGCAGCAACUGCCUUCCCCCAGGAGCCUCAUUCGGGCUCACCUGCUGCUGCUGUCAAUGGCAACCAGCCCAGUUUCCCCCAGAACAGUGGUGGUCGGGGUGGGGGCACCCCAGAUGCCAAUAGCUUGGCACCUCCAAAUAAGACUGGUGGGGCAUCGGGGCACCAGCCCCCUCCAGGCUUGGUGUACCCAUGUGGGGCAUGCCGGAGUGAAGUAAAUGAUGACCAGGACGCCAUUUUGUGUGAGGCAUCAUGUCAGAAGUGGUUCCAUCGAGAGUGUACUGGCAUGACAGAGAAUGCCUAUGGGCUGCUGACCACCGAAGCUUCAGCUGUCUGGGCCUGUGAUUUCUGCCUCAAGACCAAGGAGAUCCAGUCAGUCUACAUUCGAGAGGGCAUGGGGCAACUAGUGGCUGCCAAUGAUGGGUGAAUUGGGCACAUUCGGUGUGGGGCCAGGCAAUCUCCUUGAGGACCAUGGACCUUUCUCCUCUUGUGGCUCUUGGUCCCAGCUCCCUACUCAUGCUGGGAGGAGGCUAGGAGAAUGCCAAGACCUCUCUCCUUGGAACUUGCCCAUGAAGGGCUAAGAAAGAAUCCCCUGGGAGGCCAAAGCCCCAGUGAGCAGUGCCAUUCUCUGAUUGUCCAGGGUAUCUUAAAGAGGAAAGGAUAGAGGAGUAGGAUAUGAGUGGAUAUUAUUGGUUAGGGGCUGCAUUUCUUUGCUGGUGCCAGAUGCCUUCUAGUAUCUGUGCCUAACACUCCUACCCAGCCUCACUCUGAAGGAUAAAUUCCUGAAUGAUUUUCCCCCUCUGUCCAGACAUAAUUGUCAGGGUUUUCCCCCCAUUCCUUCAGUGGCCUACCAUAGGGUUUUAGCCCAAUGCAGAAGACAGUAUUAGACAAUGAGUGGAACCAGUUGGUCAGGGUCAUCCCUUAUUUCGAACUAUCCCCUUUCCACUGGCCUCUGUCCUUUGGAACCAAAAGGCUUUGAGAAAGCUAGAUGAAGGUCUGAACCAUAACAUUCCUGCAGAUUCUGGUGGCAGCAGGAUCAGAAUGGUUGAGAGAUGAUAUUCUUGAGACAGUCCCCUCCUCAUACCAAAGUCAUAAGUCCCUCCCUCCCCAGCUUCACUCUAUUCAUCUCCUGGUCCAUGUCAUGCUUCCUCACCCCCAAGACUUUGUACAUCUCCUAUACAUUAUCCUAAGCCACCUUUUUCAAAUCUGCCCUUUUACCUAUAGCUCCUGUGUCAUCACUGUGCUGAGAGCCCAAGAAAAGAACAGACACCCAAACAAUUUUCUCAGUCAUUUAUUUCAGGUGUUCUUAUAGGAUAAAAGUGAAGGUUUACCCAUUUGAAUGGGGCAGGGUUACCCCCAAUCUUGGAAUCUUUGUGGGGGAGGGGGAAGGGAAACAUUGUGUAUUUUCAUACUUUUUCAUUCCCCAGCCCCUCAGCAUCUCCCAAGGCUUAAUAAUGAUCCAGCAAUUUAAAAUCUGAUUCUCAUCAGCCCUUUACAAUGUGUUUUCUCUGUUGAUAAAGCCACUUGGCUGAUGGAGAUAGAUGACUGCCUAGCAUAAAGCAUUUCUGGUUAACCCACACUGGUUCUGAGGUAUGUGGGUACCUUGCUUGCCCUCUCCCCACCCAAGUGAUACCCUCAGCUUGCAUAUCAGCUCCCCGUUAGUGACUGGGGAUGAGGUUUAGUCAUCUUGAAGGAAUUAGCAGCCUCCAGCUUUGGGUAUUCAGUCCUUUCGUUGAGGAGGGAAUAAUGUAAAGGGACCAAGAUACUUUUUUCCCCUCUGUUCCUUAACCAGAUGCCUUGGUCCUUCCUUCAGCAAGGUACCCUAGCAGCUUUCCUCAGUUCCAGAGCACUUGGAUAAGAUAACUCCAAGGCAAGGGGACUGGGCAUCUAAGUUUCUUGUCUGUUCUGCCAAUACUCAAAGCUCUUAAUUCCUGAAGAGAGUGGACCUGUGUUCCCAUUCCUCUUCCCCUGGAAAAAAAGAACAAUGAAAACAAAACAUGAGAAGUAACUGAGGGCAGAUGGAUGGACAGCCACACUUAAAUUUUGUGUUAUGUUUUGGUUUGCCUCUGGUGUCCCUUCCCAUUAUCUAUUGCUAUUUUUGUGCAUUUCCCUUCCAUUUUCUUUCCCCUGUUUUACAAAGUGCCACCCCCUCCAUCCACUAAGAGUAGGGUGGAAUGGCAUUGGUGGAGCCUUUGGUCGUUUUGUAUGGUUGGAUUUAUAAAGUGACUUGAAAAACGA